AUGACAAUCCAAAUUCAACUUAAAGUUCUUGGAUUUGGCUAUAUAUCACAUUAUUCAGAUUUGAAUGUUUUAGAAAAUCUGAAUGUUUUACAGAAUUGGCUUUUAGAUAAUAAUAUUAAGAAAAUUGUUCAUCAUGCUUAUAAACAAGCCAUUGUGUUAGCCAGAGACAUUCUUAAGAUGAUAUUAAAUACUUGGAUUUAUAACUUUAUAACUAUUUCAAAUAAUGAUAAAAAUGAAAUCAGAGAACAACCUACUGAACUUCAAAGGAAUAAUAAUUUACAAACAGAAAGUAUUUUUAUAUCAAUAGCAGCUGCAGAAGUUAGUACUUAA